CCGUGAGAAAAGGACAUUGAACAACCUGCCAUGGGACUCGAUGCAGCCAUCUUCGGAAACUUCGUCCUGAGGACCAGCAUUGCACAGCUGGGCAGCAAAACCUUCUUCUUGAGCGCCAUCCUGGCGGCAUGGUGCCCCUGGGAAGGAAUUCGCAACCACCCAGACCGGCAAGUGCAGACCGUGCUCAUCCUGACAGGUAGCUAUCUCGCCUUUGUGCUGAGAAUUUGCCUGCUGAUCUUUGUUCAGGACAAGACAUGGCAAUUCUGUGCCUUCGACGCCAUGUCCUGCUUUUUCCUCUUUGCACUUGGCAUGAAGGCCCGCGUUGACUUGUCCAGCAGCGAUGCCCGGGAAGCCAGGCAGCGCUAUGCCAGCUCUAGUCACGGUGCGGAUGCGGCGGGAGGGGCACCCAGCGACCCAGAGAAGCCCAAGGAGUCCGGCUUCAGCGAGUGGAACACAGCAGCUUUUGGGUUUCUGCCGGCACCUCUGCCAGAGCAGAAAGAGGCGAAGACCACGCAGUAUGGCACCGAGACGCAGUUUGUGCCCUCAGACGGCGUCCUCUCCUCGAGGCCCAGUGACAGGAGCAUCUCCACGGUGCUUUCGCUGCUGUUGCCGCUGCUGCUGGUCUUCCUGAUGCAGGCAGACGACAGGGCGAUCAUGCUCUUGGUCCAGACGGGAAUUGAGGGUGCCGAUGCCAUCUGCGGCUCUUUGCUGGGCUUGCUGAUGCCCACGAUGCUCUCCGUCACGCUGGGCGUCCUUCUGGAGAAGACCCUGACUGACAGCAGGCUCUUGUUCACUGUCUCGAUCACGCUGCUCACCCUGAGCUUCAUCUCUUUCACGCAGGCCAUGCUGUACCUGGAUGCAGCCCGUCCUGUCCAGCAGAAGGCCAUGGCUCUGAUUUCGAUGUUUGCAGAGAGCUGAUUUACAUUCGGCAUCAUAUUCCUCAGCUUGCGGCUUUUGGCCCGUCGUGGUGCUAGACCUUCCCUGAGUUGCCUGAGGAAACUGUGAGGUGUCGUGAGAAAUGCCAGCGGCCAAAAUGCAGAGUUUGUAGGCUGCGCGCAAAGGGUGGUGGAAGCUAGAGAUUCCACAGGGACUAGACCAAAAAGCUGUUCUUUACUUCCCAAUGAAUCAUGA